AUGUCUUCUUCUUCUUCUGCCGCUGCUUUUUCUUCGUCUUCUGAGAUGUACCCACCGAGAGCAGGAUCGAAGAACAACAAUUUCAACAGUAACGGGGGUCGACGAAAAUCGUCGAAUAACAACAACACCGUGAUGCGCGUGCAACUUCUCACGAAUCACAAAGAAACGCAGAUUCCGUUUCUUUUUGGAUUUCUGAGCGCGAUGGCGUUACGGUUCGUCGCGAAAACGUUCUCGAGAGGAUACGGUUUACCACCGAAACAAAUCUCCGUGACGGAUAAGUUCGGGAAGAAAAAAACCAUUCGACGGUUACAAGCGAACGAUUACGAGAAAGGCUUCGUGGAUCUGCUGAAACAACUCACCGUGGCGCCGAAGAUGACAAAGAAGAGAUUCGUGAAACGUUGGCACCAAAUGAGAGAAGGACCGGAGUUUUGUUACGUGUUGGAAAACGAGGAGAAAACGAAAAUUCUCGCGACGGCGACGUUAAUGGUGGAACGGAAAUUCGGACGAAAUUUAGGUCUCUCCGGACACGUAGAAGACGUCGUCGUGGACGAAGAAGCGCGAGACUCUGGAUUAGGGAAGGUUAUGAUUGACGCGAUGUCGAUUAUAUCGAGGAACCACGUGAAGUGUUAUAAAACCAUUUUGGACUGCUCCGCGGAAAACGUUCAGUUUUACGAAAAGUGCGGGUUUGCCCCGAAGGAAGUGCAGAUGGCGAAGUAUUACACGGAGGACAGAGGGUAUGGGAACGCGUCGUACUCGUACGAAAACGAUAACAAUAAGAAGAAGAAGAAUAAAUCGUCGUCGAACGACGCGAAGAGAAACGGCAUCGUAAAGUUGAACAACGGCGGCGAGAACAACGGGUCUUCGACGAGCGAGAAGAAGAAAAGCGCGAAAAGACGAGUCACGUACGCGGCUGGGACCGACGAAGGGUUCGUUGGAAGUCCAGUGAAAGCGUUGAACCAAACCGUGUAUUACUCGGACGAUGAGUAA